GCCAAUGCACAUAUACCAUGUUGGCCCAUCCUUCGGCGAUUGCCUCGCUUUCGCUCUCCCCUGAUGGACGUGAGCUAGUCUCUGCGGGUCAUGAUGCCAGCUUGCGGUUCUGGAACCUCGAGAAGCGGAGCUGCACUCAAGAAAUCACGAGUCACCGGCUGAUGCGUGGUGAGGGAGUGUGUGCCGCCGUCUGGAGCCGUGACGGCCGCUGGGUUAUCAGUGGGGGUGGCGACGGUGUAGUCAAGGUGUUCUCGAGAUAGCGAGGCCCUUGUGUUGAUGUAUGAUUUCUUCUCUUGCAGCUGAUUCUUUCUUUGCUUACGGCAUGUUCUUUGAACGCAUGAGAUGGAUGAGCGAUUGGCCGACUCUCGAGCAUUUGCACCGGUGUCAAUCUACCUGGCAUAUGUUCCUUUCUACUCCUGUGGUUAUAGUUCCUUCUACUUUUACCCUUUCUAUUGACAAUCAGCUGUUUCGCUCGGCUAUCCUAUCCGGAUGGCACGAGCUUUUGUUUAUCCAUACCUAUUCUGUUUCCUAUUUCCCUCCGCUCUCAUGAUACACAUACCCCAUGUGGUACCGGCGAGAGGAUAUAAUGUGUGCUUUUAUACUCCCCCAUGAUGUUCAAGUGUUUGCCUGCCAUCGUCUGGAAGAUGUCUUCUCAACACGACCAUUUUGAUACCUGUGACUUUCUUGGUGUGUUCUCAUGAAUAAGACUUUGCAGACCAUGGGCCAACCAUAUUGGAUGUCUUGAAUAUCCUCGGCCCUCAUGAUGUUUUCAGCGCACCCGGGAUCCUAUGCACGAAUGUUGUAUGAUGAUUUUCCUUCCCCGUCUGUUAGAGCCUCGAACCAGCCUGUACAUUGUCUGAUUUCUGCCCC